AUGGGUGGAGCUCAGCUUAGACAAGAGGUAACGCUGGAGUUAGCUGUGAGUCCCUUCUUCCUAGCUGUGACCUCCACCACCUCCCGAAAUCGCUUGGGAGGUACCGACUUCCUUCUAGAUCUCUCCAUCAUUCAAGCUCAGAUCAAAGGAAAACUUUCUCCUCAAAGUCUGGAACAGAAAGAGGCCGGAUACACUGCUGCAGGACCCUAUAAAGGGUUGCCCUUGCGCCAGGGUGAAGACACAACAGAAAGUUCUGUGGUUGUCUUCAAAAUAACCGAAAUCUCAGUUCCACACCAGCCAUUUUCUCUUCAUCUAUCCUUCAUAGAACACACCCAGUUAAUGGCCAUCAGUGGCUUUGGCAUCCUACUGAUAGCAAUAUUUGUAGUGUGUGCCCUUUAUAAGCGCAUUAGUGAAUGCAUAAAGAAAAAACCCACUGAUGUAGAAAAUCCCGUAGAGAGUGACAAAGGCUCCAAAAACAUAAAGGGUGAAAGAAAAGGAAAAAGAAAGAUCCGUAAGAAAAAGAGAAAGAAGGAAAAGAAAGAGAAAUGCAGAGGGGAGGAAAGUGUAUCAGAGACAGACUCAGAAAAGAUGUCAGGGUCUGAAAAACAAAUAAAAGAGAAAGUGGAUAAAGCUGUACAGAAGGUGGAGACAGAAAAUAAAGCUGUACAGACAGAAGAUACAGAGGAGUGAGAUCCAGAGGAAAGGACAAGAUGGUGGAAACACCUCACAUUUCUCUGGGAUGCAGAUAAUAAUGUUAUAAAUAAAGUAAUACGGAUCAGAUAUAA